UAUGUAGCAUGUUCCUCUACAGGAUGUCCGUUAUUAACGCAAUGGUGAAGGUUAGCUGCCUUCAAUAAAUACGUUCACUUAGGGACCAGAUGGUAAAGUAUGUAUUUAUUUUCUGGAAUCAAUCUAGUCGCGCUGUUUCUGUUAUGCGAUACCAAAACGAUGGGACCCCCCGGUACCAUACAUCUCGACCUAGUUGAACCAUGUGGGGAAAAUCCCGGAGGGGACGUGGAAUUGGAAACCGAUCUACAUAAAAUCGACGCUUUAGGUUCAAAGGCAUUAUCGGCAACCAUCAGGAUGAAAAUUCCACUUGAUGAUGCAGUAACAUACAAAAUCGAAGUGAGAAAAUGGGAUGACGGGUGGAAACUCCAAAUGGACCACUCCGGUAAACUCUGCGAAGAGACAAUGAAGUUCGCGCCAAAAUUAUGGGACCAGCUGAAAUCGGUCUCUACUCCCGAAAUGCCGGAUGAAUGCUCCUUGGAACCCGGCGAGUACAAGGUGAAGAACCUUAAAGCAAUGACGAAGGAUAUGGCUAUACCUUCAAUCUAUUAUGGAAAGUUGCAGGUUGAAAUAUGGUUUUAUCGAGAUGAAGAAUUAAUAUCGUGCUUGGUGAUUGAAGGGGAUUCUCAGGCACCAGCUGGACAAUGAAAAAAUGUACUUCUAAAAAUAGCGUCAAAUUUCUCUUACUAAUAUAUAUUUCACACAUAAUUUGUCUUAUUUAUACGGCAAAUAAACCGUACCA